GGAGAUGGGUGGAGCCUGUAGCCUGUGGGAGGGAAUCCAGAGAAGAAGCUUAUUAAUACCAUCGUUGCACUUGCACAUGUGAGUGGACAGCCAUGAAGGAGGAAGGGGAAAUAGAACAAGUGGGUUUUGCUAAAAUGGACGGGGAGACGGCCGCCUUUCCAGACUUGUUGGAUUUCGAGUUCUUCGUGAUCAUACUCCAAAACCCCUGGGAAAAACUGAAGCUGCCUGACAAGUUCGCCAAGUUGCUGGACGGCCAAGAGCCCCGUGAAGUGACGCUCCGGGAGGCAAGCGGCGGGCGUUACCUGUGGGACGUCGAGGUGUUGUUCGACGGCGAAGGCCGCAUGUACCUCGACCGUGGCUGGGAGCGGUUCGCCCGCGCUCACGACCUGGGGCUCGGGAACUUCCUGGUAUUCAGCUACGACGGCGACGGCGUGCUCACCGUCAAGGUGUUCGACGGAAGCAUGUGCUGCAGACACUACCACGACGACGACGAAGAAACCACAGGCGGUGGAAUCAGCAGCGAUAGUUGCAGCAAGAACAGCAUGUACAGCGUCAGCAACGACAUGGACGAGAGUGCCAGAAAGAACAGCAGCAGCACGGGGGAGAGGAACAUCGAGGACGCGCUGACGUCGCAGUUCACGGUGACGCUGAAGCCGAGCCACCUGGGCGCGAGGCAGAAGCAGUAUCUGAACGUGCCGCCGGCGUUCCAGCACGCGCACGAGUACGACAGCAGGAGCGAGGUGGUGCUGCGGAUGCGCGGGGAGAAGUGGACGGUCACCCUGAAGCACAACAUCCGCAAGGGUGGGCACAGGACGCGCGCGUCGCUCAGGUACGGCUGGCACCAGUUCUGCGUCGACAACCGCCUCGGCGUCGGCGACGUCUGCUUCUUCCGGGCGCUGCGCGGGGACGGGGUAGGCGAAGACCACGCGCUCAAGGUGGAGGUGCGCAAGCGAGACGGCAGCUUCAUCGAUUGAUAGGCGCUUCCGAUGCAUCAGCCUGGCUCCGUGGUGUCACCUUGCCCAUGCUCAUCGUCCGACAUCCUCCACAACUUGCCCCGUUGCAUCAUCGUGUUCUAAGCGUUCACAAAUGAUGAGGGCGAUGGAGUUUAUCUUUACUUUCAGUCUAUUCGUUUUCUGCUUAAUAAUUGCGGGACUUGAAUUCCUGGUAAUCUAGUACCGAUGAUGCCUAAUAGCAUAGUAACAAGAGAAUAAACCGGCCUGGCUAUGAUUCCCCAUGUGAAAA